CCUCCUCCGCAGUCCUCAGGUGAGGAGACGGAGGUAAGGAGGCUAGAGAAGGGAGGGGAAGGACCAGAAGGCGUGCGCUGGUUGGGGAGGUGUCCAGCCGUGGUGCCGCCUCCAUUUCGGCCCCGCCCUCGUAAUAGAAUCUGGUCGGGAAGGGUGGGGGCCUGAAUGACAGGUCAGUCCUAGCGCCCUUGUCUAGAGGUGAGGGUCACUGGGGAGUGAUCGCUGCCUGCCCGUUCCUCCCUCCUAGUCCUCUGUCAUUACUCUUUCCCGACUCAGCAUCAAACUUCAGCUCAACGUGUUCCACCUCCUUCCUUCUCCCGACCCUUUUGGCAGCUCCUCUCCCCUAUCCCCGCCUCCUCGGCUAUCCUCCGCCUCCCUCCCGCCCGCCCUCUCCACCCCCCAGCCACCGCCUCCUCCUUCCCUCUCUCCCUCCCCCUUCCCCAUGCGCCUCCACCUCGUUUCCUCUUUUCUCUCCGCCGGUUUCCUUUUGUUUUCCUCGGUGGCGAUGAGCGCAGAGUUGAAGCGGUGGCUAGAGUGAGAGAGGGGCCAGCGCUGCUAGCCUGCUAGCUGGGCGCUCUGCGGACGCCUUCUCCACGUCGUCGCUCGCAGCCCCAGGAGAAGAGUCCCAGUGCCGCGGUCAGGCAUUGGGAGCGGGAGGCGGAGCAGGAACGAGAGCCACAACUUGGGGGACCUGCUGCCUAUUGAAAUUGUUCAUACUGGGCAACUACCUCAUUCCAUUGAGCUAAAAGAGUCAUCGUUAUCAUUGUCAUCUUCCUCAUCACCAUAAUCAUCAUCGCUCACAACUGUAAAACCAACCACAAAGCACUUUUCUUGAAACCAUCUUGUGAGGGGCAUGGUCUAGCAGCCUGGUGCUAGGACUUGGAGUCUAGAAGCCCAGAAAUUCUCAUCUCAAUUCUGAUUCUGAAUUCUGCUGGCCUUGGGUUUUGCAUUAUCUAGGAGGACAGAAUGGGGAAGCAAAAUAGCAAACUCCGGCCUGAGGUGCUCCAGGAUCUCCGGGAGAACACUGAAUUCACAGAUCAUGAGCUGCAAGAGUGGUACAAAGGGUUUCUAAAGGACUGUCCUACUGGCCACUUGACUGUCGAUGAGUUUAAAAAGAUAUACGCCAAUUUCUUCCCCUAUGGUGAUGCAUCGAAGUUCGCAGAACAUGUCUUCCGCACCUUUGACACAAAUGGUGAUGGGACUAUUGACUUCAGGGAAUUCAUCAUUGCUCUGAGUGUUACCUCUCGGGGAAAGCUGGAACAGAAACUGAAGUGGGCAUUUAGCAUGUAUGACCUUGAUGGCAAUGGCUAUAUAAGUCGUGGGGAGAUGCUCGAAAUUGUACAGGCCAUAUACAAAAUGGUAUCCUCAGUAAUGAAAAUGCCUGAAGAUGAGUCCACUCCUGAGAAGCGAACAGACAAAAUUUUCCGGCAGAUGGACACAAACAAUGAUGGCAAACUGUCCCUGGAAGAAUUCAUUAAAGGUGCCAAGAGUGAUCCUUCCAUUGUCCGGUUGUUACAGUGUGACCCAAGCAGUGCAAGUCAGUUCUAACUCCACCCACAUCUGGACAGUUGCAAAGAACCACUGGCUUGUCGUUCCAGCUUUGCUUACAGAAAUGGAUGCCUUCUCAAACCAUUCCUCGGCUGUUCUCGGAUAAGGUCCCUUGGUUCGGUGGUUUCCCUCCAUGCAGCAGCAUGGCCAGUCACAACUCUCCAUCAUCCACGCCAGGACCAAAGUCCUUUGGCCAUCCAAAUUUAUUUUUUGUUUUUUCCUUCUGUUAUCCUGAUUCCUUUACAGAGCCCUAGUAUCACUUAGAGAUAUGUUCCAUGAAGACAGCAAGGGGGCUUAGGCCCUGGGGGCGGGGGGUAUCUCCCUUUGCUUAGGGAAGGAAUCUGUAUGAAUAUACCCUAAUAACUACGAGAAGAGCCGAGAUAGAACUUUAUAAAAUAGAGCCAAGGUUAGCUAAUUUAUUUUGCUUUGAAAAUGACUAUUUGAAGAGUUGGGAGCUAAAAGCAGACAGAAUGAACCCUUUCCUGUGCAUGAUUUUAUUCUUUUUCUUUUUUGUUGGGGAAAAAAAUGGCUUGUACUUAUCCGAUGAUGGUCUUCACUUUCUUUUAACAUAUAAAUUAUAUAUAUAUAUAUAUGGUAAAGUACAAUUUCAUGAUAAGAUCACCUAUUUAAUGCAUCUGAUAGCUUUUCCAGCUUUCUUUCCCUUAGUGGCCUGUGAUUAACCCAAUGCUGAUUGUUUUGUGGUAUUUAUGCAUCCUCAACUUGCCGUCUUUCAGAAGAAAUGCAUGUUUAGCCGUUACUGUGGAUAUUCCACUGUCUAAUACCUGAAUGCACAUAUUUUGUUCAAGGUUCAUUUUUACUGUUGGUUGGUCCAGCGUGUCCUGUAUUAAAAUCAUGAAAUAAAAGGAAUGAUCUGCAGCUUGCAUUUGUCCAUCAAAGUUGCCCUGGGGCAUGUGGCAUCCAGUUGUCACCCUCCCGUGAGGGGCAGUUACUCUACUCACCUGUUGUUUAUAAACAUUGCUCUUCCCUUGUCCCUUGCACUGUCACUGUGUUGAUCAAUCUUAUGCAUUCCAGUGUUAUUUAAUAUCUGCCUAAUGCCAAGAGAUAUUAAUUGAAAUAAAACAAUGACUUUUCUUGUCA